GGGUCACGAAGAGUCGGACAUGACUAAACGACUAAACAACAACAAGUGUAGCAGUGCACACGCCACACAUUUGAAGCACAUAGCUGCUCUCCCCCCCCAUAAUCCCGGGAACUGUAGUUUAAGGGUGCUGCAAAUUGUAGCUAUGUGAGGGGGGCAAACUACAGUUCCCAAGAUUCUUUGGGGAAAGCUGUGUGCUUUAAAUCUAUGGUGUGCAUGCAACCAAAGAGACUGUUCCUCUAUCACUGGCUAACUGGGUGGCCUCUAGGCGGCCCCAGUUUGCAGUAUGGGAGAUAACUAUCCUGACCUACUUUGCAGGGUUGCGGGGCACAUGGUUAUCAUCACGUGAUUUGGCAUGCCUCUGAAUGGGCCUUUACCCCAGAGUAUUUGUGUUUAUGUGUGCAUAUGUACAGUCACAUUUCUGUUACGCAACUCCUUUUCCCACCUUGGCCAGCGAUGUGGGAACAGGCUGUCCACUCCCCACAAGCCCACUCCCUCAACCCACAUUUCCGGGAACAGUCUCAAAAAAUCCUGUCGUGCCCCCAUUCUCCACAUGCUGUUUGAUAAGAGGAGGGGCCUAUGCAGGCCCCACCUACUCGAAUGCAACAUGCCUACCCACCACCGAGGCUGAUCAAAAGCUUGAUGAGAUCAAAACAGCGCCUCUUAAAAAGCCUGAAUGCUGCAGAGAUGGUUGUUUGGGCUGGAAGCUGUGCCGUUCUCAAUUAGUGCUCGGUGUGGCUGUGGAAAACUGGCCCCGACUUGGAAUAAUAAGCGGAUAACACCAGCCCUAAAGCUGCAUUGCCCAGAAACUCAGAAGAUUUGAGGGCUGGAAGGUGCUUUGAGAGUGUGUUCUGGACAGGAAGGCGCACGGUGACGGGAGCAGGGUGAGCCUGUGACCUGGAUUCAGGAAUUAAAGCAUUAACCAUCACAAAAGAAUGGCCAGGCUGCCCAGCUCCCCGUUGAUGGAUCAGAGGACAUUGAGGCUCCGUCUGGCCAGAGCAUGGUUGGUCGUGCUCUGCCUGCAGGGCACCUGUAGCUUGGUGCUGGCCGAUCCUCCUGACCUGCUGUUGGAUGGAGCUGCGUGGGCCCUGCCUGAGGACGCCGCCCAAGAGCAGGGCUACUACCUGCAGCAGCUCUUUGGGCAGUAUGGCGAGAAUGGCACCUUGUCCUUCGAAGGCCUCACUCGCCUGCUGCUGAGCCUGGGGCUUGGAAAGGUGCAGGUGGUGGAGAUAGAGCACGAGGAACUAGGCCACGACCAUGUGUCCCACCUGGACAUUCUGGAAGUCCAAGACAACAAGCACUUGCAUUCGCACUCGGCGCUGGAGCACCUUGGCAAGACCCAAGCAGAAAGCGCCACCCCCACCAGGCCUGGAAUCCCUCAGUCGGGCCAUGCCACCCAGACACCUGUUCAUCCUGCACUCCGUGACAUCAGACCUGUCACCAAGCCUACCUUUUGGCAAACCCCAGAGCAGCCUGGGGGUCCCAAGGAAGACCUUUCCAAACCUUCCCAAGGACACUCUGGCCUAAAUCUUCUAGAGAGAGUUAUUGCCUUGGAUCACUCUGUCUACAAUCACCUGCAUGAAGAUUGUCUCAACGUAUCACAGCUGCUAGUCAAUUUUGGUCUGAACUCUGUCUCCAAGAUCACGCCAGAGCAGUUCACGCUGCUGUGCCCUGCUUUGCUCUACCAGAUUGACAGCCGCGUUUGCAUCCAGCACUAUGAUGAGGUAGCUUUUGGCAUGGCAGGAAGUUCUCUCUGGAGUGGUCUGGGCUGGGGAUGUUUGGCUAUCACCCUGACUAGCUUGCCUUCUGCCCUGGCCAUUGUUCUCGUUCCUCUCUUCAACCGCAAGCUCUUCCAUUUCCUUCUCGCUUUCCUGGUGGCCUUGGCUGUGGGGACGCUGUGUGGGGACGCACUGCUGCAUCUCUGGCCACACACACAGGCAAGGCCCCAUGGACUUCUGUCACCAAAAGAAGAACCAAUGACCUUGGCUGAAGACGCUGUCCUGAAGGGCCUCUGCGUUCUGGCUGGUAUUUACCUGCUGUUCCUCAUUGAGAAUCUCAUGGGAACAUUCAAGAGGAUUCAAGUCAAAAAGAAGGGCACCACCAGAAAGCCACUUGAACCAUCUCCAGCUGAGGUGGGUGAUAACAGCGCUGCUGGUUUGAGGAUAUCUCAUGGUGCUGAAUCCCAGAGCCUGACGGUGGCAGAAGGAGGAGCUGGCAGCCUCUACGGGGAAGUCCAGGACUGCUCGGUCCAAAUUCGCAGCUCAGAAAAGUGUGGAGGAAGCUCAGAGAGGCAGGAAGAAGAGCUCCAUCGUCACCAUGCUCACGGGCAUUCCCACAGUCCAGGUGGAGUCCUCAAGGCUGGGAUAGCAGACAUCGCUUGGAUGGUUAUUCUAGGGGAUGGGAUACACAAUUUCACAGAUGGACUGGCCAUCGGAGCUGCUUUCUCUGAUGGAAUCUCCAGCGGUUUAAGCACUACGGUGGCUGUAUUUUGCCACGAACUGCCCCAUGAACUUGGGGAUUGUGCUGUCCUGCUGCAGGCUGGCAUGCCAGUCCGACGGGUGUUCCUCUUCAACCUGCUGUCUGCUUUCCUGGCUUACUUGGGCGCAGUAGUAGGGACGCUCAUUAGUCGGAGCACCACGCAAGUCACGCCCUGGAUUUUUGCCAUCACGGCUGGUAUUUUCCUGUACGUGGCACUAGUGGACAUGCUGCCUGAAAUGCUGCAGAGGAGCUCUAGUAGGGGCAAGAAGGGCUCCCUUGCCCACUUCCUCCUCCAUAACCUGGGCUUCCUCAGUGGAGGAGUCCUUAUGCUCUGCAUCGCUCUCUUUGAAGGGCAUAUCAGUUUCCAUUUGGAUGGGUAGCACUCUUCAGCAGGAAACUCCAGAACGGAAGAUGGAUCUCCCCCCCCCCCCACUUCAAGUACAACUGUACCUUUCUUCUUAACUCUGUAAGAGGGGAUACAGAUUUGCUCCAUCUUCCUGUCCGCAGGAGUUGGAGAAAGAACUCAGUAGGAGAGAACAGAAGGAACAGCUUAUUGUCCCUGUGUUUUUGUGUGGCAGCAAAACAGGGUGCCAAACUAAGGGCGACAGUGCCCUGCCUAGGCUUUGUGGCUUGGAUUAAAGGAAGCAAGUUGUGCUUAGUCGCUGCAAUCAACAUGUUGAAAAUGCCUUGUGCUUUCUAAAGAGCCCUAGUUUGCUCGAGAGAGAGACUGGACCUAUUGCCACCUUGGAAUGCAAUGCAAGAGAAUUAUUUGAAGGACUGCAACUUAAGAGACCGGUGAUAUGCAAUGGGGGUCUUUCAUGUUUUGGAGCUGAGAGUUUCCCCAGCAAGCUAUUUCCUGUAAUCCAAGGAUAGAGAACCAGCAGAUGUUGCUGGACUACAACUCCCAUCAUUCCUGACCAUCAGCCUUGCUGGCUGGGUCUAAUGGCAGUUGGGAUGUCCAGCAUCAACUGGUGGCCAUGUGCUCCUCAUCCCUGAUGUAAGCUAUUGGUGUCCUGCGGCAUCCAUUAGUAUUUAAGUUGGCAUUAAAAAAGGCAACUGGCUACCAAAAGCCUCCACACCAAAAUUUCAGGUUUGAUGGAACAGUGGUUUGUCUGUCUCUCUCUCUCUCUGUGUGUCUUAAUGCAAGGAAGCCUGGACCUCUUUAGUUGUGGGAUGGGUGUGUUUGUGUAGCACAUGACAAAGUUCUUAAGGACAAAACUCACCCUUGUAUUAGAAGAUUCAGAGGCCUGCUUUUAAAGUUCCCCAGUGAAAACCCCAUCUGGUCUGGCUGCAAGGGCUUGAAGUGCAAACAAGCCAAGUUGUAUCCUUUGCACAACUCCUCAUGGACCCCCUACCUAGAAGGAAGCCUACAGGUAAAGGGACCCCUGACCAUUAGGUCCAGUUGUGAACAACUCUGGGGUUGCGGGGCUCAUCUUGCUUUACUGGCUGAGGGAGCCGGCGUACAGCGUACAGCUUCCGGGUCAUGUGGCCAGCAUGACAAAGCUGCUUCUGGCAAACCAGAGCAGCACACGGAAACGCUGCUUACCUUCCCGCUGUAGCGGUACCUAUUUAUCUACUUGCCCGUUGACGUGCUUUUGAACUGCUAGGUGGGCAGGAGCAGGGACCGAGCAAUGGGAGCUCACCCCUUCGCAGGGAUUUGAACUGCCGACCUUCUGAUCGGCAAGCCCUAGGCUCAGUGGUUUAACCCACAGCGCCACCCGCAUCCCAGAAGGAAGCCUAAAAACUCCUAAAUAACAGAACACCUUCAUUAGUUGUCCUCUACAGAAUUACAGGACUGGUAGGAAAUCUCAGCACUGUGCCUUCUAUCUCACCCACCACUGAGAAUCAAGGCCAUAUAUGCCGCCAACAGUGGCCUGGGCACUGGUCUCUAAUUUCCACCCAUGUUUCUCAUAGGCAUCUAGCUGGCUGCUGUAAAAACAGGAUGCUGGACUAGAUGGGGGGGACUAGAUGGGGGAACCCCUGAUCCGUUGGGGUUCUUCUCGUCUUCUUAUGUCCUUCUAUUCAUGCAAUGAUCCAGAUACCUCAGGCUCCCAUCCUUAAAAAGGAGUUACUUGAAGUAUCUUUCUGGACCUCCAAGGGCCCAGUGUUUUAUAAAACAGAAAUGGCCAACGGCAACACCUUCUUUGCCUAAGCAAACCAAGACCAAGAGUGCCUUCCCUGGCUGGAGUGUUUCAUGGGCAAUAAAGACAGCUAAAUGAUUUGAAAGCAGCCACUUGAGCCGCAUUAUAGAACUAGGAUAUAAAAUGCAGAUGUGGUAUCAAAUUUUCACCCCUUUUCCCCCCAGUAUUUCCAUUAUCCUUACCAUCACCACCACCCCUGGCAAAUAUCUGGAGACAAGGUGGGGGGGGGGAAACAAAGGCAGAGGCAGAUAGAAGCAACAGCAUUUUAAUAAACAUAAUUGAUUCAAAGCCACAAUAUGAAUAACAGGACCUGGUCGCAGCAUACAUUGUAGAAAAUAGAUCAAGUCUGAAUGCUUUUGUUUUUUAUUUAUUUAUUUUAAUUUACUUUUAAAGUUCCUGGUCGACCCCCUCCCUCCUUUGCCCUAACCCCAAAAAGGUGAUGCAGAAAUUCUGAAAAUGCAUAUUGUAACAUCAGAGACAAAAAAAAGGUAACCAGUCACUUGGGUUCACAUCAGGGAGGCUUAUACAAAGGUGGCUUUCACACUGCGCAGGGGUGUGUGUGUGUGUGUGGACAAGGGGGGUGGGGGUGGAUGGCUUGUGGUAGCUCUCUGUUUUCUUUUAUUGGUCUCCAAUAUAUAUUUAUAUAGAAGUUCAAAUAUAAUUUUAUUUAUUUCAUGGAACAACCAGGCGGGAGAAAAUUGUUGGUGGCGGGUUUGACAAGUCUGCAUUUCCGUCUAGGAACCGAACGUAGGUUUAUCCUUUUUUUUUUUUUUGACACACAGGCAAGUGCUUCAUUUUGUCAAGAAACCUCCCUAACUGAGGAGUGACCGGGGGGGGGGGGGGAGAGGAGGAAGGGGAGGUAAGGAAACCACUGAAAAAGGUGAGCGGCCAAACAGAAGCAGCUGCAGCCUCUGAGCUAUAUAUAAGGUGGGAUGUAGAAAAAGAUUCACACUUUGAUUGCGCAUCGGAACACAUGGGGGGGCGGACCUUCUGCUGCAUGGAGGUUGGAACUGGCCACUGGUGUUUGUGUUUGUGGUAUUUGCCUUGGAAGCGCCCACGCCACAAGCUGAGUGAGCAUUUUGUUUUGAGUUUAUCUCUUUGUGCUUUAAACCAGUUGGAAGGAAGAUCAUGUUAUCUGCAAGCAGGAAGGUAGGCCUGUGAGCUGAUCUGAACGUGUCUUUUCUACCCCACCCCCACCCCUUUUUAGUCUCUUCUAAACAUUGGUCCAAAUUCUCCAGUACUAACAAGACCACGGUGCAAAGUUAAGCCUCCCUGUUAACAACUGUGGAUCGAUAUGCCAAUAGGUUUUUUUGGGGGGAGGAGUGUUUUGUACGUGGCACUUCCAUUUGCGCUUCCCGUGGCCAUUCUGCAAAAAGCAAUGCUCCCCCGUCCACCCUUUCAAGCUUGCCUAUAUAUAUAUAUAAACAAAGGCAUACCUAAAGAGUCCUCCUUAGCCAAAUAACUCCCAAUUAAGGCCCCUGCCUCAAAGGAGGUAAACAUGGCUGCAUGCUGGUUUUGAUCAGCAGGGUUGGAGGUUAAGUGCUCUGAAGGAGAGAAAUCACAAGUACUCUUCUUCCUGACCCGACCCCAAACUACUACUGAACAGGAAACGAAAGAGGUCUUUUAAGUGUGAGAUAUGUUGAUUUAUGACCUAGCUUCUUCGAUCCCCCACCCCCCCCACCCAAAUUUAUGCUUGCUGAAGUUAUCACAGGAGGAAUCAGACCAAAUACAGAGCAAGGAAUGUGUUUCCAGUGCAGCUCUCUUGCCCUAUAUAGCUUUUUCCUUGCAUGGACUCCCAUGUCUGCCCUUAAUGCUUUAAGAUGAAGAGCGAGGAAGGCUUUUACAGUGCCCAAGCCUGCUCCUUUUUAAAAUUAUUUUUCUUAUUAUUAUUGCAAGAGGUAGGUAAGACCACCUGCUCUCCCCCUUGCCCCCUCUAAAUUAAUGCCUGAAAAAGUGACAGAAUCUCACAUCAAGACAUUCCCCUUCCGAAGCAGGCAUUCUAAAUAUGCUAGUUUACUACACAGCUCCUCUGUGCUUGGUGGGGCAAUCCUAAAUAUAAAUACAGGUUUGAUUUGAUUUUACCGGGCCAGUGGCCAAAGAACUAAAGGCGAGCCUGGGCAGCUAUUUGAGGUGGUAGAGUCACAACAAGGUCAGCUGGCCAGCAAGGCUCUAACCCAAGAGGGAGGGAGAGCACACCGUUCUACUUCCUGGGAUUCUUUUGAGAGGCAGUGCAGACAUUGUACUUGCCAUAGGGAUUGCUCCCUUCUAAGUGACAUAUCUCAGAGGUGGUGGCAAACUGACCACUGGGCUUGUGUGUGUCUGUGAGGGGGGCAGAACUGAAAAGACUGCUAACUGUAAUCUGCCUCUGGUCCUAGAACACCUGCAACUCAUUUUACAGAACACACACACACACACACACACACACAGUGUAAAGUGCUCACACCUAGGGCAGACAACAUAAGGAGGGGAUCUGGCGAGUUCCAUGCCCCUUUCCCAAGUCCACUCUUUCACACAGGUUCUCCUAAAUUGCUGGUCCCCUUGCAUCUUAAAAUCCAUAUGGCUGUGGCCUGGAAUGGGGAGCACUUUAAUAGGGGGGGGGGCACGGAAAGGAAGCAAGAGGGCAAAUGUGGAAUAUCACAGUCCAAUGUCAGUUUUACUGUAGUGCUCACCCAAGCAGCAUUUGCAAGCUUGGGGGGGCCAGGGUGUGUUCAGAUGUCAGCUGAAUACUAUAAAGGAAAAGGAAACUGAAAGGAAGCCUGCAGAAGACUUCUGAAGUGGUACCCCCCCCCCCAAUGGCAAGCUCCCAGGCACAGCAGCAAAAGCAAUGCUCAAGUCUUUUAAAUAAAGGAAAAGGUAACUGGCCCUGAAUGCGGUUAAAGACAAGUUUGUGGAGGGUGCCGAUAGGGAAUUAAAGCCUCACCCCAAAUACAUAGAUUAAACUAACAGAAUGCUGAAUUGGCAUCACCUACACACACACACACACACUCUUCUCAGAACACCUUUAGAAUUUGACAGGAACGACAAGCAUUAGAAAAUCCAUCCCACUCCACAAAAGGCUUCCUCUGACAAGCAGCAGUUACAGGUCAGGUCAAGCAGAAAGAAUACUGUACUGCCUCCCUCCACUGUAGGUGAAAAUUAUACAGAAUUUCCCUUUGGGACGUUAUGGGCCCUUGGAUGCUGCAGCCAAAGGGUAACAGUGUUCUAUACCCCCUAACCCUUUCCCCCACUCAGGUGCGUGCCUCGCCACUGGGGAGAAAAGGCAGAGUAAGGACCAGAAGCACAAUUAAGAGGCUCAUGCAAACAUACUCCAUUUAAGUCACCCAUCACUACGAAGACCACCACAACGUACUGGCUGUACCUACCUCACACAAAUACAAACACACAAUUAGAGUGCCCCUUGAGUGACACACACCAUCUGUGUGUCCAAGUGCAAAGUAAUGUUUUUUUUUGUGGGGGGGAUGCAACUGUUAAGAGGGGGAACACAACUGGAAGAAUGAACAAGGUCAAAGAUGCAAAGAAUAAGAGAAUAACCCUCACUGGGAGAGAAAUUAGUGCUCAUGUUGGUCUGACCACCAUACUUCAAAAAUCUUUCCGUUUACAGCUAACCCCCCCCCCCACUAAACACAUUCAAGAGUGCAAGCUAUACAACAGGCUACAAACCCUCAACACAGUAACUGAUUUCCCUCACCCAACCCUAUCCCGCCCCUUUAUUGCUGCUCCCAAGGAAGAAAUUUGUUUUGAAGCACAGGUAGUUUUUGAAGUGCCUGCAAGAUCAGAGCCAACGAGUAUUGCUAUAAGACAAGCACACACCCAGCAAAACAACAGCAUGGACGCUCUCCGAGCGUGCCUGUAAUGAACAGAACGUAACAAAAACAGGCUCCUGCUGUUCUUCAAAAGAAUCACUGUCCACACACUCCAGCUCAACAAUUUGUGGCUUCAGUUGCAGACACAUCAUGGCCAAGCAAUUCAAAACACAACAUGCAACAGGAACGCUAUUAACACGCACACGCACCCCCCCCAAAAAAUUUAAAAGACCACAGCUCCACCUCAAGAAACCUAAGCAACAAAUGCACUUCAUCAGAGGAGUUUAUGGAACCAAGGCGAACAGAUAUUGUUUACCUGUUAAGCUCUGUGUCUAGAUUGUCAAAAUGAAGCCCCAAUCCCAGUUGCAAAGCAAGACUAUCAACAAUAGAAAUAUGAAGGGCACUGGAUCACAUGUCCAAAGACAAUUAAACUACAGCAGCGUCUCGUUGGUGCAACAUAUUAUUUCCAUGCAACAUACAGUGCAGAAACUCAUUCAUCCUGUUUUCCGGAUCACCCUGAUUUUGACAGUUUUUGCGCCCCCCCCCCAAAAAAAAGAGGUUUGGAAAUUCUCUAGUUCACAUUUUGCAGAUUUUAUAAAACCUGGGACAGUCUUUCCCCAGUCUGGAAGACAAGUAACGGUGUGAGCCAAGGCAACCCGGUUCUCCCCAAAUGGUAUCUUUUGCUGGGCUCUACUAACUUAGGGAACAGUGAAAAGUCGUAUAGGCUGCUCCCCGAUGUAGGCUUCAUCAACACACUCCCACCAGAUCAUCACAGCAUACAUUCCUUUCCUAAUGAAUUCUUGCUGAUGGUAUGUGAGAAGGAAUGUGUGUGUGGAGAUGGGCAAGAAGGCAACUUGGCUGCAAGUUAGCCAGUUGGGCUCUGACCUGGAGUUACUGCCAGGUUCUUAUGCUAGCCACCCUGCUGUGGAAAAUUUCUCUGUUUGUGCUUAGUUACCAUGGCCAGGGGAAUUGUGCCAAAGAUGCGCAGUGUGCACUCUGAAAACGGAAACCUCUCCCUCACAACCAGCCUUGAGCAAGUAACCAAAUACAACGGGCACCGGCAGAACAGCAAGAGUCCACUGGGCCUCCCAUGGCAUCAAAAAAAAAAAUACUUCAGAAUGGAACAUCAUGGCCCAGAAGCAACCGUUACAAUCUCAAAAUCCUACCAGUCCUUCACAACAAGGCUGAACCCAGUUAAGCUGGGAAUUGUUUGUGAAAGAAGCUGGCCUUUGCUUCUCAAUUAAAGAGCUCAGGAAACAGUGAUCAUUUCCUGUUCCCAUUUGAAAAGCCACCAUUUGAACAGAAGGACCACAACGCACAUAUGCGGAGAAGCUCUACCCUACCCAUUAUUUGCCCAGUGUUAGCUCCUACCCUCCAAGUGGAAACGAGGAGAGUCUGUCCAAUUACACUGUGGCUCUCAAGUUUUACACCUAUAUUUUAAGUCACCUGCAAACAGAAGCCACUAAGACUGAGAUACUAGUUUAGCAAAGUAUUAAUUAAUUGCAAACAGAUCCAUUUGCAAUGGAGAAAACUAUGAAAGGAAUUAAAUGUUCUGCAACCAAAAUAAUCCAGCAUGGUACCCCUUAGCUGAGUGAGAAGAGAGGAAGGAGGCUGUUAAACUAAGGACAAAGAAAUAACAGAUCCACUAGUAUCAUCCUCCAGGAACAAAAGAGUUUUUGGUUUGAAAAAAGGAGGCUAAAGACUAAACAAAGGAAAGGUCAGAAACUGGCACAAAGCUAUAUUUAGUGCAAUUUUUUAAAAUUCUCAAUCUAUACAACACACACUCAUGACAUCAAGUCACUGAGGGGAACAGGUGGAUGGGGAGGAAUUAAACAAUUAAUGCACAAACACAUUAAACAGAUGCACAGAACCUUAGCAAAUGCAGAAGCAGAAUCACUUUGUGUGUAAAGUUCCUUUUUUUUUAUUUCUGAAAUGUCAGAAAUUGGAAUCUGCAAGGCAAGGUGGUUUCCCAGGUACUAAAGAAAGGAAGUGGGCUGCCUUGGGAUAGGAACUCCCAGACACAAAUAAACCAGCACCAGGACAAAGCAUACAGCAUACUCUUUCUGCUGGCUGCGCAAAGACUGACUGAACCUUUGGUUUCCAUCAAAACUGCAGAAAGGAAAAUCUGUACCCUGCAGGCACUCAAGAUUGCAAUAUUAUUUAAAUCCACAUGCAAAAACUGCUGCAUCUAUUAGUCAUAGUCCCCUAAGCAUGACAAGGAACUGAACAUUUCUGUCGUGACCAGGCAAGUCAAGCACUAGGACAGUGUCCAGAAAUGGUGGGAUCAAGCCUUGCUAUUCAACAACAUUGAGGAGGAAGGUGCUUCAAACUAAAGAGGAAGGAACAGUUAUACAAGUUGUGGAGACAGAGAUGGCUAAUUAGGACAGAAGAGACCAGAUAAUUUGUAUUUCUUCACUACACCCGAGAUGCAAUAUACUCAAGAUUGUUAUGUUGACUUAAAUCAUAUGUACUUCAUAAGGCUUUACAUCUAAGGGGAGCUCAGUUUAGGAAGCGAGCUUGCAUACAAGAUGCAGAACUCUGUGUCUUCAAGAUAAACCCUAAUCCCCCACCCCGUUAAAUAUUCCUUUAUGAGAGGGAAGAAGAAAAUAAAAAAGCAAGAGAUCACCAAUCAAGGAGAAAGAGAAAGGCCAAACUUCUUGAGGCCCAGUGCUAGAGAAAGAGAUGCACCUGGUUCCAGGUGUGAGGCAGGAUGGGUGAGGGAAUGCUGGGUAAUAUGUGCCCAAUUUCUGAGCAUAAGGCCUUCCAAUAAGAAUGCAGGUGCCCAUUGAUCCUUAGGAAAGGGCCCCUAGUGGAUUGUUAGUUAGCCUUUCCACUACAGGAAGAUGGAAGAGCAAUUGGUCUAAUUUGUUUUAUCAUCUUGCAACAUGCUUCUUGGAUGUAAACACAAGUUACAUGCUAGAGGUCUAAAGCUUCUGGAAUGAUUUAUUUAUUUAAAAAUUAUUAACAUUUCGACACAAUGUCCGUUUCUUAUUUAAAACUACCUUCCGGGCAACAUCCCCAAAGAGCUAAAGAAUCAGAAGCCAGCGGGGGUGUCAAAAGGGUAACACCCGGAAGAAGGGGAAGGGGGAAAGAAAGCAACCAGGGGGCAUGCCAGGAGAACACAUUGGGCUGCGUUUCCUCAGGCAUCUGCACAAGGGUCAACAAGCAGUAGGUAUGUACAGCCUAGACCAACUGAAGCUCAUCCAGUCCAAAACAGGAACCUUUUGGCAGUUAACCAUGUUCAAGACACAAAUGCAACCACAAGCAGCCAUUUUGGGUUCGUACCUUCAAGUGGACCAAUGAAAAAUGCCUUUCAAAAAUACUCCGGUUGUAAUAAUGCCCUAUUCGCUUCUCGGUCUGCAAAGGUUUCCUCUCCUUUCCAGUUAUCACCAGGAAGGGUGGCGUUUUCUGGUUUCCUCCUUUUGGAAAGCUAGUUCUUUGAUCAUCGAUACCAUCGGCAGCUGUCAGUGCAAAAAGGCUUUCCAUUUCAUACCCCCUAGCCUAUCCGUGGCAGCUCAAAGGUGUGCCGUGACCACAAGCAGUGUGUCUUCAGUACACAAGCGCAUACAGCCACAGGGACCUCCACUCCACCUGCCACCUGAGUUUGGGCAACGGGCUCCCUGCGCUCUGCUGCAUGCAAAUAUCGGAAAAGGCUGGCUUUCUCUCUCCUUUUGGUCACUUUGCAGCGCUUUGUCUCUCUUCCUCCCACCCAGAUUGUGCACUGUUCAUUCUUUUGUAUUCUCCCCCCUCCCCCGCCCCUCCACUUUUGCCUAAGACAUCCACCAACUGGCCAGACAACACAUUAGUGCAAAAUACAGGAAUUAAGGCAAUGCCCAGAAAGUGAGAGCCUAGACUUCCUUCCCAAUGCAAGUAUCACAGGCUUGUUCUCUAUAGGCUGCAACAUGGACUUUGGGGAGUGCUGCCUCCCUGCCCUGGUUGAGAUAUGACUAUUAUCUACAUCAAAGGAAGGACUAUUGGAGGGGGUUCAUUCAUUUAACAGGAGCAGGUGUGUUUUGAAGGAUGUCAUAGCUACUGUACAUGGGCUCUGGCAGAAUCCUAAUAUACCAAGUAGCCAGACUUGUGUUUCAUGGCCCGCAUGAUCACGCUGACUGAUCCAAUGUUGGUUUUUUACCACACUGCAGCCAGGACGAUCUGGGCAAAAAAAUAUUAUUCCCCACGGAGUGGAUGAAGAAACACACUCAACACACAUACAGAUCUACAACCCCAAGCCAAGAGACGGUGCAGGAGUCGCUUCCAGAGGUCAAUUCAUGCUUUCUCUAACUUUGCUGAUGGAAAGCCUCCGUUUGGAGGUAUGAUCCGCAGCUCUGCUCUAUACAAAAUGCAGCAAUCACCUAUGGAAGUCAGACAACUUAAAAACAAACAAAACACACACACACACACACAACUGAGGCAGUAUAUCAAAAUGCAACAGAAGUAGUAACCCAAAUUAAAAGGCUAUCUCCUGAUGCUUUGCAAAAUGUUUGGUCUUGGGGGCUUAAUCUGCACUUUGGGCAAAGGUCAUCCUUUUUUCCAGUUUAUUGCCAUCAAAAGCAGUGAUGUUUGCUGGUCCUCCUAAUUAAACACUAACGUAUGAGCACAGAUGUCAAUGGCUUGUCUUUGCUACUUCCAGUGUCAUUAGCAUGAAAGGAAAGCCUUUAACUUUUACCCUCAAGCCCUUACGGAGCCCUAAAAAGGAGUGGUGAAGCGACAAGCAAGAGCACCUCCAAUUCACAGAGAGGCAGUCCGUGUCUACGCACUGCCUGUCUGGGUUGAUGUCUAAAGAGGAUUUCAAAGUCUCGUCACCUUCUGGAAAUGCUGGUCUCAUGAAAAAAGGAAAAUACAAUUCGAGGUUAUUCAUGCAGUGCUAGAAAGGUCUUUCUUCCAAUCAAUUCAGGGGAGAAACCCCACAACUCCCAAAGGUUUUGAGAAAGCAAAGCAGGCACAAGUUGGCAUUAUCAAACCCCCCCUGUGCCAUCCUUUACAGAAAACAAGAAAGCUGGACUUUUAGAAAGAGCCACGCGUGGCUGAAAUUGCAUACAAUGUAUUUUUUUUUUUGUUUAGAAAAAGGUUUACUGCCACCCAUCGUACACACAAGGCUCAGCUAGUUUCAAAGACUUUCAUGCAAUUUUGCUUUAUUAUAUUCAAGUUGUCAAACUAAUAGGAUUGGAGUUAAAAGUAAGGCUAUUUUGCUCUCUCUCUUUUUAAAAUCCUUCUGUCUUUGCACCAAAAGUGAAUUUGAAAAGAUGCUCGUCACACACAGAUGCACACACGCUGACACACACACACACACACACACACAAACUGGAACUCUGACACACAGAAGAGGAAGAGUAGUUUAUACCUGACUGGUGAUGAGGUCUGUCCUAUCUUAUUCAAAAGAAAUGUUUAUGUGCAUAAUAUACAUAGGUGCAGCAUUUACACAGAGGAUACUGAAAAAAGACACCAAGAACUUGCUACAGAUGCCUUGAAGAGUCCUUAAAAAUUCAUUUCCCACCCUCCCCCCCUGAUUACUUUUUUUCUCUUGUAACAACACAAAGGACUCAUUUUUGACCCAAUAUUCAUGAUUCAAAUGUAAUCAUCACUCCAAGGUUCACAGGAAUCCCUAAUAAACAUUAAUGUCCUUCUGGCUUAAGCUGGUAAACAUUUUUGUUUGUUUGUUUAAAGCACAUCCCCACUGUCACUUUUUCUUCUCCCAGCUAAUAUGGACAGUUUCCAAGAAAUUAAAUUGAGCAGAAGCUAUGUUUGAUUUUUAAAAUGCUGCAUGCUCAAUAUUGAGCAUCCAGAAAAACUCAAGUCAAGUGAAGAUGCUUUAAAUAACUGAACAAUCCAAUGUUUUCACAACUGUGUUCCCAGCACAGAUUCUCACCCACCUGGCCACCCCUUUUCUUUUCCUGGACUUGGAAGGGGGGGGGGGGAAACCUCAAGGCAAAGGUGAGUUGGGCUUAUAGUCUGAACGGAUUGUACAAGAUGGUACAUUUAAGUUGCAGUUUAAAAUGCUGACCCAUUCACAUUAAUGCACCUGGCCAAGGAAGCCACUGCACAUUGCAAGGGAUUCUGGGGUUUGGGUCUACUCUCAAUUCACACUCUGCAUCAGCUGACCCUGCUGGGCCUGCACAAAUGGAGUUAGCCCUAAAAGGUGCUCAAGUCUUCCCUGUAGCCGAAUAAUGUGGGAGAAGCUCGGUUGUGGUGAGCAAGCUGCCUUUCAGACACUUUGCUCUUAUAGACCUUCUCAUGGCUCCGUGGAACACAGUUUGAAAACCACAAAGACUAAAAAACUGACUGCAUGCAGGGAUUUUGGAUGCAAACUGAGAUAUGAUGUUCUGGGACGUAUGUAACCAGUCCACUACUCAGAGUUCAUGUCUUACCUUAGAGCUGAAUGUGCGCUCUUGGGGUGUGGCGCCUAUAUUCCAUGAUUUCACUCACCUUUUGGGGGCAAAGGAAGCUUACAAACGAUUAAGAAUUAAACUAAGGAAAGGUCUCCUAAUCUCCAGCAAUUUGGGAACAAACAACCAAAAAUAAGCAAAAGAGAACAGCAUCAUUUCAUCAGGAUUAGUUAUUUCAAAUUCAACGAAGUGCCCGUUUAGGAGUAGAAGAUCAAUUUAUCGUUUCCCAGUACUUGCCCUCUACAAGGACAUUUACAUUCAGUGUUUGUCAAUAGUUAUAUGGCUCAGCUGGGCUCCCUGCGGGUGGCCCAUUUAUCUAACAAUGGCAGUGCAAAUACACUUGUCAAACUGAAAUGUAUUUGUGCUGUUUUUUUUUAAAACACAACUUCCCUUUGUUCAUUAAUUUUCCAGAGACAUGAAGUUAAUUAAAAAACAAAACAAAACUGCCCUCCCACCCCAUGCAAAACAAAACAGAAACCAGACGCCUCCUGGUCCCCCCUUUCUUGUUUGCUGGCCUUUCUCCUAUGGGUUGCUAUAAAGAGGGGGAACGAGACCCUCAUGGUUGUUGUUGUUUUUAAACAAAAGUGCUUAUUUUACUUGUAAAGCAAGUGCUUUGGAGAAAGGUGGUUGGAGAGAAACUUCCUUAUUUGGCUGGGUUUAAGGAGGGAAGCCCAAUGAUUGCUUUCGAGGCCAAUGAAGGAAAAUGAAAAAAGGUGGUGUCUUCUGAGGUUCAGAGAAAUAUGCAUGGUCAAGACCUAGGCCAUUCCUAAGGAGGGAGGCAACCGGGGAAUAAACAGCGAGCAAGAACCUUCUGCACAGGAAAACAACAUUCCGCUUUCCCCUCUCCCCCAACCCCAUGUAAAAUACUGCACAUCUUUAAGCCAAAUGUGUUUGCAAAACACUGGGCAGGAGAGUAGGGGGAGAGAGGAGAGAAGAGAAGAGGAGAGGAGACAGGAAGGGAAAAAAAGGAAGUUUGCCUCCAGCCCUCUUUUACAAUGCACUAGGGAAACCGACUCUCAUCUUAGCACAAUAAUGCAAGUUAUUACCACCAGCCACUUCGAUUAUUACUUAAAAUUGUCAAGCUGUGCUGUCAAAAUGUACACGUUACAGUAUUAAAGGAGAACAAGACUGGCAACUCUGCAACAAAACUGGCCACAUUUCACUGACCCCACCCGAUGCCUACCUUCCCUUUCUUACAAAAAACCAAACUAAAACCCCACAAUUUUUUUCUUAAUUCACGUAUGCGCUGCUGGAAUUUUUCCACUCCAUUUUCUUCAUCUUUUUUUUUAAAAAAAAAAGGAAAAGGAAAAAAAGAACAGGGGCAAAGUUGAACGUAAAAAAAAUUAUUAAUGCAUGAUGCUACAGAACUAAGAACACUGAAGCCCUUAAAGAGAUCACGUUGAUUGUCAUAUAUUGAAUUUUUAUGUUGACAUGUGAGGAAAAGAACACAUUAUCAGCAUGUUAUGUACUAUUAUUAUUAUUAUUUUUUUUUAAAAAAGAUCAAGUGUCAGUUCAUCAUUUUUCCUCAGUUAAUUAAAGAAAACAUGCCUAACAACCCUCUACAAUCCUAAUAAAAAUAAAAUAUAAAAUAAAAUGCAAGCACAAUCCAUGUAUUACUAGGGCUAGAAGAUUCCCUCAUUUUGAAAGGCUCCUUGAAAACCUAUGCUCAUUUCUGCUCCUCUGCCUCUCCACAUCCCACACUGCCAUUUCAAAACACAGCUAAAACUAGAGAUGGGCACACCUGAGGUUCAAGCAACUAUGCUACUCCUUAAGGAGCCUGAUUUCCUGGGCCCUAUACUUCUGUAACACCCCACAACCAAUUCCACCAGGGCUUUCUGUGGAAACAGCAACAGCCACAGCCGCAAUUUAACAGGCAAGUGUAAAAAGCAUCUCUCCCCCCCCCCCCCGUUCUGGGGUAAACUAUACUUUUGCUGUGCUUUCUCAAUAGGAAUACACAUUCCCCUGGGUGAACAGGAAAAUGGUAUCUGUUGCCUGGUACAAAUCUGUGAGUGUAGAGUCUGUCACAUCCAAGGGAUGAGGGAAGAGUAUUUAGGUCUUUCCAAAUUGCAGCACAACCAUUAGGUUUUCUGCCUACUGCCCCAGUUUCUUGUAAAUACCUCAAGUCUCCAAGGCCCUCCAGAAAUGUUUCUGGUCCGUAAAGGAGGAUUAAAUUUAGCCCUUUUUUAAAAGAAAGAAAGAAAGUGUGGCUUCAGACUUAAUUCCCUACAACUUCCCUCCCCUACCCCUACCCCUGCCAUGGCAUGGCAUGGCAGUUCAAAAUUAGGCCUUUAGAAGAAGUUACAAGUUGCUAGUACCUAAAACAAACAAACAAACAAUGUAAACAAGGUGUUUAAAGUUAUUUUCAGCUCUCCCUCUCUACAAAAGUAGUGAAAAGGACUUUCCUGUAUUUAAAAAGUAGGGGACGGGGAGGAAAGGGGGAAAACUUUCAGUCAAGUUUUGUUCAUUUCUAUUCCAACGUGAGGUAUUUGGUGUAGAAAGGUUAACACUUUCUUUCAAGGUAGAGAACUUGGAGCAACUGAGGGCAGAGAAAACUAACCCGACCGUAGUGCAGCUAAAAUAAAAUAAUAAUAAUAAUUAAUGGCCAAUUUGCAACAGGCGGUUGCUGUGCUUUUUGGCAAGUGCAUUAAAACCUUAAUACGCUCAUAUCUAGCAGCUGCAGUGAAAAGAUCUCUCACGACUCCUUGGGCAUCAAAGAAAGAAAAAAGCUAAGCUAGUAGCGCCCUAGUCUUUGUGGAAGGCUUUAUUGAAGGAAAUGGCUGGAUUCGUUAGAAGACUAGAACUCGCUACCUUAAGGCCCCCAAUUUUUGCAACCUAUCCGUAUGCAGCAAACCAACGAGACACACAGCUGGUGCUUGAAGAGCUGACUCAAGAUGAUAUGCAAGUGGUCUGUGGGGAAGACAAAAGUCCAUUUGGCGGGGAUUAAACAAAAAAGGAAAAGUAGAACCUCUCUUUUAAAAAUGCACUGUUCACCAAAGGACAACGUUGCAGCUUCAGUAUUUGGCUCUAGGAGUUUGGCUUUGGUAUAUUAAAAACAGUGCCAAAAGGGAAAAGGGGGUGGGUGGGAUUUCUCAUUUUAGAUUUCAGUUUUUGCCUUUCUUGCAUCAGGAUUAAGCUCCACUUU